AAUACUAAUAGGUUGUCGAGCCCAAAUCAGACAAGACCACAGAGAGCCCAAAACUCUCCGCUUUCCCACGCCCUGUUCUUAGAACCAGCAGAGGAGUUUGAGCUGAACCACUCUAAACUAAGCUGACCCCAGAAAGCUUGCUACUUUCAUCUCCCCCAUUCGAAACCCAUUCUUAACGUUCUUCUCCAGUAUCCCCCUUUUCUAUUCGAAUUCCUAAACUCGCUUAAAGGAGACACCUUUACCCUCCGUCCACACCCACCAUGGAUGAUGACGUGUCCGCCCCCUUCCGCCGGUCGUCGAGCCGGAAUCGUAAGGUGGCUUCCAAAAUGGCUGCCGCCCUUAUGAGCACUGAUAACCGCACCCAGGCUGCUCUUGCUAGACUUGAAGCUUUGGAAAAUGACAAUGCUGGGUUGGAAACUGUGGAGGUCAAUGACGACGAUGAGGCUUCUCUUGAUGAUGAGGAUCAAGGAUAUAUACAGAAGAAGCAGCCUAAAGGCACCAAGCGUAAAACCCGGCAGGCAAAAGCUCUUGAGGCCAGGAAGGCACCGAGGACAUUCCUUGAGCUUUUACAAGAGGCAAAUCUUGAAUCUUUGCCGCCUCAUGUCCCCUCCUAUCUGAAGGCAGCAGUAGGACCUCCGAGCUCUACCUCCCGCCGCCAUUUCUGCACUGUUUGUGGUUCGGCUACCAACUAUACGUGUGUGAGGUGUGGUAUGCGCUUCUGUUCGUGUCGUUGCCAGAAUAUCCAUAAUGAUACUCGUUGUCAGAAAUUUGUUGCCUGAUCGGCCGGUAACGAUGGCAGUACUGGAGCUGAAAAUUUUGCUUUCUUUGAAUCACAAGCAGCAGCAGACUUGUAUUCAAGGAUGGCAGUGGUGGUGGUGUUGUCGAAGGCUGCAUUCUGAGCAGUCUGAUAGGCACGUGCAGCAGCAUAGUAGUGAGCAGGGGGUUGAUCAGCCGUGAGUAGGACAUCUGUAGUUUGGCCAGGUCCUAACAUAAUGACUCUCGUUGUGAAAGGUUUCGUGUAGGAUGCAUCAGCACUCACAACAGUUAAUCUAUGGUUGGCAAUGGUGAAGAACAGUUCUUGAUUGAGUGCAGAGUUGAUGAUUCUCAAGAGAAUUGUCUCGCUGGAUUCCACUGGGAUUCUCACAGUUCCUGUAAUGUAUAAUUUUGUUUAUAUUAUCCACUUGAUGUUACAGUCUAAAAAAGCACAAAGUAGGGAGUAAUGGCAGACCUUGUUUGGAGCAUCUAUAUAGAUCACCAGGCUGACCAUUUAUGGUAUAUGCAUCAGAGACAUUGGGUGCUCCUCCUGUGAAUUGUGCCAGCCUCUGGACAUCUAGUGGGUUCCUGUCCCACCAUUCACCUGUAUUAUAAGGAAAAGGAAGUGUUUUAGUUACCAUGAUACUCCAAACUCUUGGUAAGUCAUUCUAUGCAUGUAGGUUU